AUGAAGCCUCUGAAGCUAUACUGCAUAGGACUGCUCUUGUGCCCUCUGGUUUGUUUCUUGUUAGAGACAGCUACUCCGGCUUCAGCUUUACUUACCUUUGAAGUGAAAGAAAAAGGAUUGAAAUCAGAUGCAAUGGAUGUAUUUGCUAUUAGGAAGAAUGUGUCUGACUUCGAAAGACAGGAGACUCAAGUCUCAGGACUCCGGAGGCCUCAGAUGACCAAGUUUAAAAAUUACCUGUCAGAUUUCUUCAAGAGCUCCAUGCCUCCUGCAGCCAUUUUUGCUCUUUUUGUCACCAUGGCACUAAUGGAGGCAGCCAUAGUGAAUAAAAGACUUGAAGAGCCUCAUAGACAAUGGGCAAUUGACCAGAGAAGUUCUCCUGAAAUGUAGAAUAUAAAUCUAAUCAAGGUCUGCUGAAUAGGAUUCCAAAAUUCUUCCCCUCCUUGUGUCUCUUUUUGUCCUCCUUCCCAAAUGGGAA